GUCGCAUAAGAAGCCGUUUUUGACAGCUGUCAAACUUCGAUCGCGUACACCUUCUUUCCGCUGUAUCCGGUUCUCCAUAUUGGACGGAGUGAAAUAGGAUUAUAGUAACAAUUAAAAAUGGCACCACGUAAGAAUAAAGCCCAAAAAGAGGAAGUCCAAGUUUCGCUUGGACCACAAGUUCGUGAAGGUGAAAUGGUAUUCGGUGUUGCUCACAUUUAUGCCAGCUUCAACGAUACCUUCGUCCAUGUCACCGAUUUGUCUGGCAGGGAAACAAUCGCCCGUGUCACCGGAGGAAUGAAGGUGAAGGCUGAUCGUGAUGAAGCCUCUCCCUACGCUGCUAUGUUGGCCGCUCAGGAUGUCGCUGAAAAGUGCAAAUCCCUGGGAAUCACCGCUCUCCACAUCAAGCUCCGUGCCACCGGUGGCAACAAGACAAAAACUCCAGGACCUGGAGCUCAAUCGGCUCUUCGCGCUUUGGCACGUUCAUCAAUGAAAAUUGGACGUAUUGAGGACGUGACUCCAAUUCCAUCAGAUUCCACUCGCAGGAAGGGUGGUCGUCGUGGUCGCCGAUUGUAAAUUUUUAUUUUUUUAUGCUGUGACCAAAAUAUGUCAUCAAUAAAAAUAAUGUAAGGUCUAGCAA